AGGCAGAGAGCACAACUUGAAGGGCAUGACUGGAGCCAGCUACUCGGCUUGUGAUGCUGUUAAGAUACAGCUGGUGUGAUUAUAUCGAAGUAUGUUUGGAGUGAGUCUGGUGAUGGGACAGUAGGAAAUGGAAAGGUCUAGGCAACAGACUCACCAAGGCAAGAUGACAGACGGGACAUUUUACAGUCAUUAGUAGGACAUGGACAGAAGAUGCAAACGCAAACCGUGACCCCGUCGACUGUCCGAGCAACCUCGUCUCAGCCGCAGUCCGUGGCAAAUCAUAAUAACACAAUGAUGGGCGUGUCCUGUAUCACCAGUGACUAGAAUUAUGCCGUGUUAGAAGGUUCCGGUUGUUUGGCCUCGCGUUGACGGCGAAGAUCUCACGCACCACUAGAGGACAGGAAGCCUGCCUUUCUUUCCUCCGAGUCGCCUGUUCCUGGUCAUGUCUUCUCGCUCCACAUCUAUUCCCCAUCGAUCAUCAGUCUCGUCGACCACUUCAUCGCAGCCUCAGCCUUCGCAGGGCACCCAUAAUUCUCAUCGAACCCAACCGCCUCAAAGACUUACCGCUCAGCAACUUGCCGAACGUGUGAUUUCGCCGGCCUCGGUGCUCUUUCGCAGCGGUUCUGCCCCGCCUUCUGGGAGAGAUCUAUUGCAACCGCAAAGGCGGACGUCUCGACAGAUGGAUCGGCGGCACCCCAGUUCCUUCCAGCAGCUGGAAAAGCUCGGUGAAGGAACGUACGCCACGGUAUACAAGGGCCGUAAUCGACAAACCGGCGAACUGGUCGCGCUCAAGGAGAUUCACCUCGAUUCCGAAGAAGGAACCCCGUCAACGGCGAUUCGAGAGAUCAGUUUGAUGAAAGAGUUGAAACACGAAAAUAUUGUCACGCUGUACGAUGUCAUCCAUACCGAAAACAAACUCAUGUUGGUCUUCGAGUACAUGGACAAGGAUUUGAAAAAAUACAUGGACGCACGCGGCGAUCGAGGCCAGCUAGACCAGGUCACGAUCAAGAGGUUUAUGCGAGACUUGCUGCAGGGAGUUGCGUUCUGCCACGAGAACCGAGUCCUUCACCGCGAUCUCAAACCCCAGAACCUUCUCAUCAAUACCCGGGGACAACUCAAGUUGGCCGAUUUUGGUCUGGCUCGGGCAUUUGGGAUUCCUGUCAACACUUUCUCCAACGAAGUCGUCACUCUUUGGUACCGGGCGCCGGACGUGCUCCUGGGUUCUCGGACAUACAACACCAGUAUUGACAUCUGGUCGGCGGGUUGUAUCAUGGCAGAGAUGUACACGGGCCGCCCACUGUUCCCCGGCACCACCAACGAGGAUCAACUCCAGAAGAUCUUUCGGCUGAUGGGCACCCCAUCUGAACGCACAUGGCCUGGUAUCUCUCAGUUGCCCGAGUACAAAGCUAACUUCCCAUCAUAUGCCACCCAAUCCUUAGCUAUCCUCCUGCCACAGGUCGACCAGUUGGGCCUCGAUUUGUUAGGCAAGCUUCUGCAACUUCGACCUGAAAAUCGAAUUAGUGCUCAAGAUGCUCUGAGACACCCAUGGUUCCAAGAUCUACCCAACUACGCGGGACAAGGACGGGCCCAGGUUAGCUCGUCCAUGCAUCAACCUAGUCAGCUCGGACAUCAGGGCGGCGUUCCUGGUGGAUAUGGUACGCAACCGGGGAUGGUUGGGCCAGGGGGUUACUGAGAUGGUUGCUCCUUGUUGGAGGUUCAGUUUGGCUGUUGUGUUGCAUUUCAUUCGAUUUGCAACUGGCAAGACGCAGCAAGAAGAAUCGGGGCUGUUGAGAACCGAUGACCAGGGAAAACGGACAGGAUCACCCAGAGAGAGGGUCUGCUAUAUUGUCAGACUCGGAUACUAUGUACAAUGUGAUCGUCUCCAGUUGGGCAGGACGACGGUCGAGUUCCUCUAUGUUGAUUACGAUUAUGCUGGGUAGCAUUUGAUACCACGGAGUUGUUUGAAGCAAGGAGUUCUGGUACCAGCCUGUAGAAUGAGGCGGGAUGCUUUUCUCUCCUACUGUACUUGUAGAUAAUCGCCCACCCUGACAUCUUGUCGUUUGGCAUAAUGCACUGCAAACAUAUCCUCCCG